ACUUUCCGUGCACUAUUCUUCAGCGCCAUUUCUCAUUUACAAAGCGUACUGUCACAUUGAAAUGCAACGCCUUUGAACUAACGCCAAGAUGUCGGACGGUGACCAGAACACAUUUACUGUGUUUGAUACAGACACAAACCAGCCUCUUACAGUAACAGUAGCGCCCUCUGGUGCCGGUGGUGAUGAUGGUCAGACACAGGGUAUUCAAUACAUAACACAGGAUGGUGUCCACGUGUCGCACAUACCACAGGGGGCAGAGGUCGUUCAGGCAUCGGAACCCCAGUCUAUCUACACAACCCUUGCCAACUCAGCUGUCCCAACACCUGCUUCACAGAUCAUCGCCAAUGCCAACACAGUGGUACAGAAUGUUGUACAACAGCCAGCGAACAUAAUUCAGGCACCACAGCCGCUAGGCACCCCGGUCCCUGUCGCAACAGGAACCACCACCCUCAACAGCAUGGGGGUCCCUCAGAUGUUGUUUUUAAAUCAAGUCACCAUCAAUGGACAGACAUCUUUUGUUUUGGUGGAUGCAAACAAUAAACCUGUUCAACUACCCCAAGGUAUUCAGGUGAUAAACUUACCCACACAACAGGCAGGAGGGCAACAACUCCCUGUGACUAACAGUGACUCUGGUGAAGAACCACUCUAUGUCAAUGCCAAACAGUAUCACAGGAUCCUAAAACGACGUCAGGCUAGAGCAAAACUGGAAGCUCUCGGCAAGAUUCCAAAGGAGCGACAGAAAUAUUUGUAUGAAUCUCGUCACCGGCAUGCAUUAAACAGACAGCGAGGGUUAGGUGGUGUGUUCGUUAAAGGUGCAAAGGGUGAACUUGAGUUGCCAGGAAUUGAUAAUGGUCACCUGGCUAAUGACAACAUCAGUGCACCAGUCCGGAGCCGUCCUCCAGUUGCAAUCGCUCCACAGCUGAACAAUGUGUCAAAUUCUUUGUCUCAGAUAACGACCUCCCUGCUUCCACAAACUCUAUCUACAAACCUUGGAAAUGUGAUGACAAAUAUUUCACUGAGUCAGCAGCUGGGGCAGCAGCUCGGACAGCAGCUCGGACAGCAGCUGGUGAACCAGACUCAGAUCUCAACAUCCCUGGCCCACAUAACAUCCAAUGGGGAUGGAGGACUUGACAACCAGGCCAACUCAAACAGCAUCCUUAACUCAUUAACAACGUAAAGCUGUCCAUAAACAUUGUUACGUUGUCACUGUUUUGAACGACUUAAUAUUGUGGGAGUCCACAUGUAUUAAUGACUUAAUGUUAAUGACUGUGAAGAAUGAAUUCAUAAUGGUGAGGAUAUUGACAUGUUUUUAAUACUUGUUUAUACUAACUUAUUCAUAAAUGAGCGUCAUGUUGAUGUGUCAUGCAGUCAGAACUGUAGAGAAAAUGAAUACCUCCUGAGAUAAUCAAUGAAACAUGUCAACUGUAUAAUUUUACAGUGUUUUUCAUGGUGUCACAGGAAAAAGCCAAGCUAUAUUGUGUUAAAUAUCAAUUGUCACACUGACUUGAGAAGCCAAUAAUGUAUUGUGAAUUCAUUCAAGGGAAGAUAAUAAACUUUGCAUCAUGAUCUUGAGAUUUUAUUUUCAAAGGUGUUUUUUUAACCGAACAUUAAUGUUCGUUUAUUAGAAUCCAGAGUAGAAUUGCUGUGUAUCCCUAUAUUUGGCGACUUUUUCACCAUGCACCACCUACUUCUGUUUUCAAUCCAAUAUGGCUGACUUCAAAACAUUCGCUUCAAACCAUAGACUUAGCGAUAUAUCAAAACAAAAGUCCGUAAUUUUAAACUAUAUUCAGAAGAUCGUUUUGCAAAUGCAUUUGCUUAUGAAAUGUGUUAUCCAUGAUGAAUGUGAAUGGUUAAUGACAUAAAAUUGUGCGAAUUAGCUUGAGGUCAACGAUAAACUUUGUACAGUGUAUUCAAAUGCGCAGCGCAGGAUGUUUACAUUUUCGUCCUUAUGGGCAGUAGUACCGGAUGUUUACAAUUUCCUUGCAGCCUCCAUUGUUUUAAACACAUACAAAAUGUACUCGGAAAUAGAUCUUCAUAUAAGUCCCAAGAUUCUAUUUAAACGUGUUAAAUAUAUUUACUAGCAUAUUGUAUUAUUGACAACAAGGUGUGUAUUUCAGUAAGUAAGAGGAGGAAAUAUAUUAAAAACGGCAUUCGAGACGUUAUAUGGCGGAUGCCGAUCAGCAUGAGGAGCUACAUAGUUAGCUCAUAUGCUACGUGUAUGGGAGAUAUACUGUAGGCUUACAUUAUAGGUGGCAAUUGUGGUUAGGGUGACUGGUGAAAGCGUUAAUGUUGCCAACAAUUUCCAAAUACCAUUUUCCUUUGACGAAAACGGACAAUAAAUCAAACACAAAUGGAA